GGAUUGUUCUAAUUUGUUGGGCUUCACUUUGCAUGCUGCCCAGUCUCUGCUGUAAAAUGGGUUGCCAUAUAAAUCACGGGAAUAAAUCAAGCCGAUUGAGGAUUUCUGCAAGUAAAUCUGAGGAUCUUGGCUUGGGUCUCAGUUCAGAUUUGAAAUAAACAUUUUUUAUCCCACUGCAAAAGUAAUAAAGAAUAACACAGGCCACCGGUUUCUUUCCAUCAUAUUCAGCAACAAGAAAAAAAGAUGCAGUCACAAAAGGAUGCUGAUAAAAAUUCUACAUCGUGCAGUUGUAGAAAUCAAGACCUCUUUCUCUGUCUGCUCCAGACAACGCUAAAAGGUCAGACCAUCUGCCGGAGAGGAACGCAACGCCCUUGCUACAAAAUUGUUUAUUUUCAUGAAGCCACACGCAGGGUUGGCUUCCAGGAAGCUCUUCAGACCUGCCGAAACGACGGCGGAGACUUGGUGAGCAUCGAAUCCCAGUCAGAGCAGGAGUUGAUUGAGAAAAUGAUCCAGCGUUACUCAGCAUCUGAUGGCGAUUUUUGGAUCGGGCUCAGGAGAGAAGAAGACGAUCCGGAGAACGGCACCCAAUGUCCCCAUUUAUACACCUGGACUGAUGGGAGCUGGUCCACCUUUCGAAACUGGUACGUGGAUGAACCGUCCUGCGGAAGCGAGGGGUGCGUAGUGAUGUAUCACCAGCCCUCGGCACCUGCCGGCGACGGGGGACGUUACCUGUUCCAGUGGAACGAUGACAGAUGCAACAUGAGAAACAACUUUAUUUGUAAAUAUUCACAAGAAAAGCCAACAGUUGUCUCUGAAUUGGCUCCUUCUCAGACAGGGUAUAUAACAGGGUCUUUGGCACUCACCUCCCCGGAAACCCCCAUGCAAGAGAAUGUUGCUAACAAAAGCCUCACAGAGGCCAAAGAGCCCGCUUGGAGUCUUCUGUACAUCUUAAUUUCAAGCAUUCCUGCCUUGCUUCUGUUGAUCACCAUUGCUGUUUUUAUCUUUUGGAUUUACACAAAGAGGAGACGGGAACAGAGAGAGGUGAACACGAAGGAGAAAGAUGCUUGGUUGUCUACCAAAAUGCAAAAUAGUCCCAGUUUAGAGGUAUAUAAUGUCAUUCAAAAACAAGGGGAGGCCGAUCUGGCUGCAACGAGACCACAAGCCCAGAACUCCUCUUUCCGUGCUCGUCUUGGAGGAGAUGACCUCUGUGGAGACUAUGACAAUAUGGCGGUCAACAGCUCAGAGAGUGGCUUUGUGACCUUGGCAAGCACUGAGAGCGGAUUUGUCACCAAUGACAUAUAUGAACUGUGCAAUGACCGAGUGGGGCAAAGCAAAGAGUCAGCUUGGGUAGAAAAUGAAAUCUACGGAUAUUGAAGAGCUGGUGGUGAGAGAUGGAUUAAGAUGGGGAACGUUCCCAUCGAUACAAACUUGAGCACCCAAAGACAUGGCUGCUGUAUUGCAGAGGGGUUUCCUUUCCCUCCCUGAAAGGGUUACAUGGAUUUAAACAAGUUGAUUAAUUGAUUAUUGAUGGAUUAGAUGUCAUUAAGUUGUUUUUAACUCCUAGCAACCAUGUUUUCUCCAUGAAGAUCGGUCCCUAGCCUGGUCAUUCAGGUCUUCCAAUGGUGAACCCAUCAUCUCUGUCAUUGAGUCCAUCCGGUUUGGGAUGGUCGUCCUCUUCUUCUUUUCCCGUCCAUCUUUAAACAUGAAGGCAGAGAUCUUAUUGACCAGGAAAUAGAGAACUUGAUUCCUUUCCUUGCUACAGCACAUCACCGCCUAGUCAUCUAGAACCUGACAACAUUUUGCCAUUAUAAUAAGCACAUCAAUUAAUUGCUGACAUCCAGAUGGAAUUUGUGAGGUAUGGCUAAAAAUAACACAGGUUUUUGUUCAUCACCACCUGGCUUUGAUCAGCUGCCUAGUUUCCAUCUUUACCUGUUUGGCAAUCCAAAAAUUUUCUAGAAAGGAGGGAGUCUCUUUCUGCUCUUCUAUCCUCCAUGUGGUAUUUUUUGCAGAAAAUUUUUUGAGGAAAAAGGACAUUGUCUAACUAAGAAUAUCUUCUGGUGGUGGCGAACCUAUGGCAUGCAUGCCAGAGGCGGCACUCAGAGCCCUCUCUGUGGGCACGCGCGCCGUCGCCCCAGUCCUAGGCCUUCAGCUGGGUUUUAUAAAACCUUUUCCUUUAGGCCU